CGCCCGACUGCAAACAUUCACCUUCACCUGCCUCGCGAUUGCGGCAACGUUUUUGGCCUAAAGCAGCGGCGGUGUCUUGAUCCUGUGGAAGUGACUCAGGUUGGUGGCCUCAGGAGCGCUUUCAUAAACAAGUGGCGCUUCCUUCUCGACGUUCCUUACAACCACACUUCCAAAUUUUGAGCAACAGCUGUUUCGCGCAUCUUGAGCUCGCACGUCGUGAAAUCCAGGACCAAAAGUCGAGUUCAGACGAUUGACUACCACCGCUUCACGAAGGUGUGCAGGUGGGUUUCUCCGGCUGGCGCUGAACAGCCACAGCAUCGAAGGCGACAUCAGGUGCACGGAUCCUCAGGCCGCAUCGCAAGGUUCCACGAACAUCGCAAUCAUGGCGCUCUACGAGGGCGCGCCAUACCGGGCGCAGGAUCCUCAUGAGAUCGCUGUGAUGGUGCGAGGCUUCGAGGACAACAAAGGCAAAGGAAAAGGCAAAGGUGGUUUCUCAUGCAAGAAGGCUACCUUCGCCGUCAAUGGCACUAAUAUUCAAGUCGACUCGUGGCGCAUGCAAGAUUGGGAUUACAAGAAGCCCAACUUGCCAAGCUACGCCAGAGGCCUCUUUACCACAAGAACGUCCAAAGGCACGCCCGAAAUCGCCGUGCGAGGUUACGACAAGUUCUUCAAUCACGGAGAAGUGUCCGAAACAGAGUGGAAGAAUGUUACAGUCAACACUCGUGGACCAUUUGAGUUGAGCGUAAAGGAGAAUGGUUGCAUCAUCUUCAUUGCCGGACUCGAAGAUGGUACUUUGAUCGUAUGCAGCAAGCACUCUACUGGUGACCGAGGCGAUGUCGAGACUAGUCACGCAUCCGCAGGAGAGAGGUGGGUGGAUAGACACCUUGCGACAGUUGGAAAGACCAGACAGCAGCUUGCGGCACAACUUCGAGCAAUGAACGCCACAGCUGUUGCAGAGCUGUGCGACGACGAGUUCGAAGAACAUGUGCUGGCAUACACGCCCGAGGCCGCUGGACUUUAUCUGCAUGGCAUCAACCUCAACCUACCUGAGUUCGCCACAUACCCUCAUCAUCUGGUGGACCGAUUUGCGGACGACUGGGGUUUCAAGAAGACAACGUACCUCGUCAAAGACGAUAUCAAUGAGGUCAAGUCAUUUCUCGAUAAGGUGGCGGAGACUGGCAAUUUUGAGGGCCGGGAUACAGAAGGCUUUGUCAUUCGGUGCCAGUCGAGGGCCAACACCCAAGUGUGGCAUGAUUGGUUCUUUAAGUACAAGUUCGAGGAACCUUAUCUCAUGUACCGGCAAUGGCGCGAAUGCACGAAAGCGAUCAUCUCUGGAAAGGAGCCCAAAUACAAGAAGCACAAAGAGAUCACAGCAGAGUAUAUCAUGUUCGCCAGGAAGAAGCUACACGGUAACCCAGCACUCGCAAAAGCGUACCAGCACAACCACGGGAUCAUUCAAAUGCGCGACGAAUUUCUGGCCCAACGAGGUCUCACCGGUGCAGAAAUCAUCCGCCUCGAGGCUCAGCAAGGUCAGGUGUCAAAUGAUGCAGUGACUGGAGAUGUGAUUCUUGUUCCUGUAGCCACUAUUGGAUGCGGCAAGACCACUAUCGCUUUGGCUUUGUGCAAGCUGUUCGGAUGGGGACACAUACAAAACGACAACAUCACAGUGAAGCGCGGGAAGCCCCAGGCAUUCGCCAAUGCAUGCUGUGCGGAACUGGAGAAGUACGACGCCAUGAUCGCUGAUCGCAAUAAUCACCAACGACGCGAGCGCCAGCAGCUGAUCCAAGAUGUCCAGCGAGUUGUGCCCAACACACGUUUCGUGGCGCUCCACUUCGUACAUGACCGCGGAAAUUACGAGCAUAUCAGAACCGCGCUGCGAGACAGAGUACUCUCGCGUGGCGACAACCACCAGACCAUCCACACUAGCAAGGGAGCAGACGAGAUCAUUGGCAUUAUGGAGGGCUUCCUGCAUCGAUUCGAGCCGGUCAACAGCGAAGCACCUCCUGACGAUGGAUUUGACCUGGUGAUCAACCUUGAUCCUGUUCUUGAGUCUCGCCAGAACCUCGAGACAGUCAUCACCACACUUUACACUGAGUAUCCAGCUCUGUUCCACAAACGAGAGAUGCCCACGCCGGACGACAUGGACGAAGCCAUUCAGUGGGCACUGAGUGACUACACUGUUGACAUCAAGCACGAGAUCAAAGGCUUUGAGAACAAGAAGCCCAAGGGCAAUAAUGCCCCCAAGGCACAGCAAAAUGGUCAGGCUCGCCCGAAAGAGAAGAAGAUCGAGUACUUUUGUGUGCAAGUACCCGCUGGACGUGUGGUGCCAACUCUCAACGCCAUGUUUGCCGACACUCCAGCCGAGACCGCUCGAAUGUACAACACCCUUCGCAGUCAGCGCCGCAUCCAGAGCGAAUUUCAUGUUACUCUCAUCCAUCGCGCGAACGCCGCUGAGCAUCAAGAAGUGUGGACACAUCUAAACGGAUUACACGCUCAAGCCGCGGCUCCUACCGAAGAGCGCGCCUACGCACUGAACGACCCCAAGAUUGGCAUGGCGAGAGUACGGCUCGAACGUCUGGUAUGGAAUCACCGAGUCAUGGCGUUUGUCGUGAGGCUGUCGCCAUUUGAGGGAAGCAACGAGCAGUUUCAGUCCACAAACUCCACUGCGCAUAUCACUGUAGGCACAGCGUCCGCGGACAUCAAGCCAAAGGAGUCAAACGACCUGUUGGCUACGUGGUUGCAGCAAGGUGCCAGCGGUGCGGAGGGCAACGGUAUCUAUGAGAUGGCUGUGAAGGGUAGCGUCGAGUUGGAGGGUGUCGUGAAGGGUGUUUUAUCGAGGUAGAGGGAGACCUGCAGUCCGGAAACGAGGCACGAAAUUUUCGAUUGGCAGUCAUGAAAUAGAUGGAAAGUCAUACAGUAAUGGCAUCUUGCACUUGCAUGGCCGAUAUUAGCGAUAGCGUCGAGCAUCAGUCGUUACGCCACCUUCCUUCGCGACCCUUUUUUCUCCGAGUAAUUGUCGUUCCAGCUGUUCAUGCCCG